UUGAAGUACAUGGACGUCUCUUUUCGGAUUUUUUUUUGGAAGCCGCUGUAUUUUGCUGAUAGUUGUCACAAAAAUGGUGCAUAUUUGGGUAGACCAUGCCCACAGUUUGCUGUGUACCGUUCUGCGAGGGUAAAGGGUACCGUUUGGUUGACGGACAUAACGUUUCAUUUUUUAGUUUCCCUAAAAAUAAAAACAUUUUGAAGCAAUGGAUCCAUGCUAUAAAAAGAGAUCCCGGCAAGAACUUUAAACUGAACAGGUCAACAAAAAUAUGCUCCCUGCAUUUCACAGAAAAAGAUUUUAAGUACACUCUGGCAAAGAGGAGAUUUUUACUAAAUAAUGCAGUACCAUCAUGUUUUAAGUGGUCAGAAUCAAAGACACCUAGUAGAAGAAAUCCAAAGGAUGAAGUACGAAAACGCAUUUGUAGUCAAAACGACGUCGCAGUUAUCACAACAACCACUGAAGCUGGCGAAAAUAUUGAAAAAUGUGUUGAAGAAAAAGAACAACUUGACAAAAUAAGACAACUUGAAGAAGUUAUAAGUAAAAAUAGUACAACAAUAAAAUCACUGGAAAAUGAAGUCAAGGAGCUUAAGAAAUCAAAAGAGAACGUUAUGAAUAUAAAUCAAAUACUUAAAAAUGAAAUUAUAAGUUUAAAUAGUCAAUUAGAAACUUUAGAAAACAAAUGCACACAGAAUGAGUUUAGUGUAAGAAGAUUUUUAAAUUCAGAUGAAAGUAUACAAUUUUAUACUGGGUUUCCAUGUACUUCUUUAUUUUUAAAUUUAUUUGAAUUUUUAGAUACAGGAGAGAAUGCAGAAAAUAUUAUUUAUUGGAAGCGUAGUAAUCAAACGUGUGGAUUGCAAUAUGAUUUAUGUGGUCACAAUGACAACAACAACAAUAAUAAUAAGUUGGGAAGACCAAGGAAAUUGGAGCCUCUUGAUGAAUUCUUUCUUGUUAUGUGUCGACUUAGACAAGGGUUCCCCGAAUAUCAUCUUUCAUUUCUAUAUAAUAUUUCAGUAUCAACAGUGAGUCGCAUAGUUAUUACUUGGAUAAAUUAUAUGUAUCUGAAAUUAGGUAGUUUGGAUAUCUGGCCUACCCGGCAAGUAAUAACAGAUACCAUGCCAUUGUCAAUGAGGGGAGAAAUAUCCCUCAUGCAGAGUAAUAUUAGAUUGUACUGA